AAAUAGAGAAAAGAACACCACGCCGGAACAUCGCGCCACGCCCCGGCGGCUGGAGCGUCGCGCUCCGAUGCCCCCACCGAGGAUCGCCUUGUCCGCGCCCCACCACGACGUACUCCGCCUCCUCGACGCCCAGGACCUACCCGCCGCGGCGCGCCUCGCGGCCGCGCACGCCUCGUCCCCCCUCUCCCUCGCCGCCGUCCUCCUCCGCCACCCGCCGCCCCGUCUCGGGUACUGCCUCCACGCCCGCGCCGCGCGCGCGGGCCUCCUCAACGACCGCUACCUCGCCAACGCCCUCCUCGCCUUCUACGUCCGCCUCCCGCGCCACCUACCCCACGCGCUCAGGGCGUUCGACGACCUCCCUCAGCGCGACGUCGUCGCGCACUCCUCCAUCCUCGCCGCGUUCCUCCACGCGGGGCUUCCCCGCCGCGCUCUCCAGUCGCUCAGGUCCAUGGCCGCGGGCGCGGACGGCGUCUCACCCAACGCCCACGCAUUCUCCGCCGCCGUCAAGGCCUGCGCUGUGCUCCACGACCGCAACGCGGGCGCCUGCGUCCACGGGAGCAUCCUUGUCCGCGGAUUCAGCGACGAUGACAUCGUGCUGAGUGCGCUAGUCGACAUGUACGGCCAUGCGGCUUCGCCAGGUGAUGCACGGAAGGCGUUCGAGGAAAUGCGCGCCCCUGAUGGGAUAUGCUACACCUCGCUGUUAUCAGCAUUUGUGCGGAACGAUUGGUUUGAGGAGGCUGUGAGAUGGUUCCGGACUAUGGUCAUGACGAAUGGGGUUGAGCUGGAUGGCUGCACAUUUGGUUCAAUGAUGACAGCGCUAGGGAACUUGAGGAGGGUGAGGCAGGGCCGCGAGGCGCAUGCUCAGGUACUGACCCGUGGUCUUUGUGGGAAUGUGAUCGUGGAGAGCAGCACGCUCGACAUGUACGCCAAGUGCGGGGCGAUGUUGGAGGCACGCAAGGUGUUUGACAAGAUGCAGGUCAGGAAUGCAGUUUCAUGGUGUGCGUUGCUUGGAGGUUAUUGCAAUAACACAGAGUACGAGAAGGUUCUUGUGCUGUUUCGACAGAUGGAUAGGGAAUGCGAUGACUCAUAUAGCUUGGGGACUAUUCUAAGGGCAUGUGCUGGCCUAUCUUCUGUAAAGCCAGGAAAAGAGAUCCAUUGCCGGUUUCUGAGGAGUGGAGGCUGGAGAGAUGUGGUUGUUGAGUCUGCACUUGUAGACCUAUAUGCAAAAUGUGGCGCUGUAGACUAUGCUUAUAGAGUUUUUGAAGCAAGCAGUGUCCGUAACACAAUUACUUGGAAUGCCAUGAUUGGCGGCUUCGCUCAGAAUGGCCAUGCUGAGCACGCUAUCAAUUUGUUCAAUCGGAUGGUCAGCGAAGGGGCGAAACCCGACUACGUCAGUUUCAUUGGUGUUCUUUUUGCAUGUAAUCAUACUGGAAUGGUUGAGCAAGGACGGAACUACUUCAAAUCUAUGAGCAAAGACUAUGGCAUUGCCCCCGGAAUUGAACACUACAAUUGCAUUGUUGAUCUUCUCAGCAGAGUAGAACUUCUGGAGGAGGCUGAAGAUCUGAUAAACAAGUCACCUUUCAGAGAUGAUUCGUCCUUGUGGGCACCAAUCCUUGGUGCUUCUUCCACACAUUCAAACCCAGAUGUAGCAGAAAGGGUUGCCAAGAAAAUGAUGGAGUUAAAGCCUCAGUACCACUUGAGCUACGUUCUUCUUGAAAAUGUGUACAGAACAGUUGGACGGUGGGAAGAUGCUUUAGAGAUAAGGAGGCUGAUGAGAUCAAGAAAGGUCGAAAAGGAGCCCGGAAUGAGCUGGAUUGAUGUAAACAGAAGCAAACAACAUAUGUCAAAUGUUAAUGGGGCAGCUUCAGAACUAGUAGCCUCCGAGGACAUCAUCACAUGUGACAACUGACCUUAACAUUUUCUGUCUCUGCUUUUGUUGGCGAUUCUGUCCUGUGAUUGGCUUAUGAGUCAUUCGGAGUUUGGGAUGAAUUCUAGCAUGUAUUGUUCCCAAAAUGCUCUACUGUUAUAGCUGCAUCCCUGAAAAUUGAUACCAGCUGGUGUCUUGCAAAGUUCAACGCGUCAGUUGAUAGAGACAUGAAUAAUUUGUUGAGCACAUAUAUUCGUAUAUGCUUUGCGGCAUAUGUGUUUAUGUGGGUGCAAUGCCCUUAUUUGACAUGGCAGGCUUGGAUGGGAUGUGGCCUUAGCCACCAUUAACACAGAAGUGGGACUCUCAGACAGGCUGUCUACUUAUUGGCUUCAUUUGUAACCACAAAGAUAAUGCUCUCAGGAUGCGAGGAGAGAGCCCUUACCCCGCGGCCGAUUGUGAUUGGUGCAGCAGAGAUGCAGAAUGAUUGAACGCGUGGAGCCACUGCAUACAUACGUCAGAUGUGCUCGAAACGAGGGACAAUUCGGAGACACGCCUGGCCUGCCUAUGCCGAUGACGCUUCAUCCUGGGCUUCAGUCUAGGACACCCAGCUGUCAAACUCAAACUCCUAGCUCAUGUCAUCAGAUCUCCGACAGAUGCGGCAUCCAGCUCACCGGUUGUACGUCGUUCACUACACCCUAAA